AUGUUGAAACUUUCCCAACUGAUAGACACCAAAGAGCGGGAUGGUUCCGAAGUCAUGAUAGAGUCAUACCGACAACCACCACAGUCACCGUUGACAACCACCUCGUCGACGCCGGUCUCCCCCGCCGUCUCUCUCUUCUCUGCCAAAGGACAUACCCGCUUUUCGAGCUCUGUGUCCUCGUUGGUCUCCUCGCCGGGCCAUAGUAGCUCGAUGGAGAUUACCUCCAGGAAUCCCUUGACAGGAGUAAAGGAAGAGCCCUGUGGGGCCCCAGCUAGGGAUCUCGAGGAGGAUUAUUUCCAACACUUCGAUCACGAUCUGUCCGAGUUUGAGGGCCCGUACUUUGCUUCAGUCGAUUACGCGGACGAGUACGAUCUCACGGAUGCCGGCAUGGACAUCCUUCAUUCGCCCAAAAAGAGACGCUCGGAUAGUGUCUCCGCCAAAGGUCUGUCGCGGAUCGGUUCACGCAUAUCAACUAUUUCGAACCGCUGGAAGUCUAGACAGGGCUCUGAUGGUUUCGAUGCGUUGGAUGCCUUCUCAAUGAGGUCCCGCACCAAUUCUGCAUCCUCUAUCCUGGCUGGCCCUACUAUAGUUCCCGUCAGUCGAGUCAAUUCCGUUACCGUGCCACCUUCACCCGCCAGGACGAUCUUUGAGGAGCGACUCAGUGAGUCUGGGGCCCUGCCCAUUGAUAUCGCAAAAGCAAAUCGUCACAGUCAGGACAAUGAUGACGCGAGCCCCAAAGCGACCACCCCCCUGCUACCUCCAUUCAUGGGCGACCAGCCAACGUAUCCAGUGACAUCUCGAGUUCACUCCCCUUUGCAAUCACCAUCCGUGGCAGACAUGUCGGAGGAUGCUUUUGACGGCGCAGCAUCCCGGGAUUCGCGGUUGGUCAGCCUACCAUCGCCUCCGCUGUCUACCAGGCCGUCCAUCUCGUCAUUCAAUCGCCCCCGCGCGAGCACGGUACGACCAGCGUCCAUGGAUGCACCUCCCUAUCUUUUAUCGGACCCAAACGACGAGUGGGCGAACAAGCUUGGUCAUGCCAAUUUUACGAUUCAACCGGAGCCGUACGUGCCCGAGGUGUACGAUCUCGAAUCUUUCCGCCAAUUACGCGCCCAGUGGGAUUUGGCGCAAUGCAACUUCACUAAGCACCUCGUCCGAACGGGUGAGCAUUACGGGAUCACAUCUACGAUCUACAAGUUAACAGAGGAGAAGUGGGAUUGUGUCAAUAAUGAAUGGAAGCACCACCACGAGAUGAUGCUCUCCCAACUAGAGGCCACAGAAGGACAUCGCCUACACCUCAUCGGGUCUCAGUGCGACCCUUGCGAGCAGAUCAAGCUUCCACGUCUCCAUGAUGAGAAAUUCCCCGAGCUAGGUGAUGGAGAGAUUGUCGGGCCCAUGAAGAUUGCCCCAGCCACCAGCGGGUCCGGGCUCUGUCGGAGCCAGUCGUUGAAACGCAAUUUCUUCAGAUUCUUCCAGGAUCUGAUGUCACGAUCUUAG